AUGUUGGGUUCACUUGUUGCUCGCGCCAAAGCCGUAUGGGCCACGAAGGGAGGCGAUGCCAGUGAUCGAUAUUUGUUCCCAACGGUAGACCCAACCGUCGACGGCCCCGACUGUACGAGGGAUUGCUCUGACUGCACUGUCAAGUAUCCUUCUCGCUUUACGACUGAAAACCAUCGAUACCUCUACGGCAAGGUGAAGCCUUUCGCGGCCCAUAUCCUUGUGGCGACUGGCAAAUCGGAUUGGCAGCCAAAAGUUGAGAAUAUUCAAGGCAGUCUCAUGCAAGCGUUCGCGAAGGGCUCACAUCAGUCGGAACAGGGCCGUAUUAUGGUCUCUGCAUCGAACAUCGCAACUGCUCAGCUCGAGACGGACGAUGAAGUGCAUAGUCUCGAGGAAACGACAGUGCUAAUACUACCAGCCUUUACGUUUGUAGACAGAGUGACGGUUUCAGACAUCCCGGCGCUCAAGGAGCGUUUUCUGACUGCGACGGAGGAAGAGGAGAAGCGCGAUGAGAUGCAUGCAGAUCAGCGCUUAAAGUCUCGACCCUGUCAACAAGAUUAUAUAGUCCUGCUCUGUUCUCAUAGAAGCCGGGAUGCACGCUGCGGAAUUUCCGCGCCUCUUAUCAAACGCGAACUCGAGCGCCAUCUACGACCGAUUGGGCUUCAUCGUGAUGACAGCGACGACCGGCCCGGAGGGGCGAGCAUCUACUUUGUCUCACACGUCGGUGGCCACAAGUUUUCGGCAAAUGUACUGAUUUACCGGAGAGAGGCGGAGCAGAUGAUUUGGCUUGCACGAGUCCGGCCCGAGCAUUGUGAAGGAAUCGUGAAGCACACGAUUUUGAAGGGGAAAGUGGUCCACCCAGACUUUCAGCUCCGGGGAGGGUUUGAUCGUAAGCGUAGUUUGGCAAGCUGGUAG